CAGUCUAAAUGUGGGUCUAUGGAUAAUGCUACCCACAAAGCUGGUGGUGGGGAUAAAAAGAUAUUAAGUGAGAAAGUUGAAUGGAGAGCUGAAUCUAGAAUAGGAUCAUUAGAUAACGCCAAACAUUCACCUGGAGGGGGUAACGUACAAAUUCAUUCAGAAAAAUUAGAAUUUAAAGAAAAAGCAGAAUCAAAAUGUGGUUCGCUUGAUAACGCUUCUCACAAACCUGGUGGAGGGGAUAAAAAGGUACUGGUAUCCAUCCCAUAG